UUGUAACCACUUGCGGGGGGACGCUGUGUUGCCGACAAGAAGCAGCAAUGAGUUCGUUCCAGGGCCGCAUGCAUGAAUACCCCAACGUCUCCAUCGAUAGAUUUGACAGAGACAAUCUGCUGGCUAAGGCUUAUUUCUUGUCGCACUGUCAUAAAGAUCAUAUGAAAGGAUUAAGAGCUCCUGCCCUGAAACGACGAUUGGAAUGCAGCUUGAAGCUGAAGCUUUACUGUUCCCCAGUCACAAAGGAAAUUCUGCUAACAAGCAGAAAGUACAAGUUCUGGGAGAACUAUAUUAUUGCUGUUGAAGUUGAAACUCCAACACAAAUUUCCUUGGUUGAUGAGGCAACUGGUGAGAAAGAAGAUAUCUUAGUUACGCUUCUACCUGCUGGACACUGCCCUGGAUCAGUCAUGUUCCUGUUUGAAGGUAGAGGUGGCACAGUACUGUAUACAGGAGAUUUCAGACUUGCCAAAGGUGAAGUCACUCGGAUGGAGUUAUUGCAUUCAGGUGGCAGGAUCAAAGACAUUCAGACUGUUUACUUGGACACAACAUUUUGUGAUCCACGAUUUUAUCAAAUCCCAAGCAGGGAGGAGUGCCUGAACGGGAUCCUGGAGUUAGUGAGAAGCUGGAUCACACUUAGUCCUUACCAUGUCAUCUGGUUAAACUGUAAGGCAGCAUAUGGAUAUGAAUAUCUCUUCACUAACCUCAGUGAAGAAUUCUCAGUUCAGGUUCAUCUUAACAAGUUGGAUAUGUUUCGUAAUAUGCCUGAAAUCCUACAUCAUGUCACCACAGAGAGAUCAACACAGAUUCACGCGUGUAGACACCCCAAGGAUGAGGAUUAUGUUCGUGGAAACAGACUCCCUUGUGGCAUUACAGCAAAAGAUGGGACUCCACUUCGCAUUAUCAGCAUUAAACCUUCUACCAUGUGGUUUAGUGAACGGAUAAAGAAGGCGAGUGUAAUUGUAAGAACUGGAGAGAGUUCAUACAGGGCUUGUUUCUCAUUCCAUUCAUCCUUCAGUGAGAUUGUGGAUUUUCUUUCGUAUGUACAGCCUGUGAAUAUUCACCCAAACGUUGUGCCUAUGGGCCGGAAUUUUGAAGAUGUCCAGGAGAUUUUGAAGCCACUGGGUAGGAAGUGUUUAGGAGACGGUGAACCUGCGUACAAACCGCUGGGCAAGUUGAAAAGAUCAAGGAAUUGUUUUAUCAAUGAGCAAGAUGGAGACUACAAUGACCUUUUCGAUGACUCCCAUCUAAUUCCACUGAAGCAGAGGUUACAGGGUGCUCCACGUUCACAGCUCGACACCGCAAGCAGGGACUCUGUACAGCAGAGAGAUCAGUGUGUCGAUGAAGGGAGCAUUAGUAAACACCCCAUCUACGUCAAUACAGAAUUCCUAGAGUGCGAAGAGUCAAACGAUGAUGAUGAAGAAGAAGAGGAUGAAGAGGUUGCAAUAACUUACCCAGAAAGUAAGCUGAAUUCUAUGCAGAAGGGAUCAUUCCCUGAUCUUGCAGUACACUGUUCUGAAGAAGAAAAAGCAGGCGAGACCGAAUCACCAGAGUGGGAUAUGUUUUUCAAAGCGGAAUCGGUUUUGAUAUCUGAAACUGAUGAGGAUUCCGAGCCUCCGAGGGAACGAGAGGUUGGUUUGCAAUCACCAAAACUCUUCAGCGAUUCUGAGGAUGGAGACUGCAUCCAUCUUCCCUCUCAAACAUCAUCCCAAUCGACGCACAUAUCUGAACAAGGAAGUCAGGGCAGCCUGUUUGGUGAGUUAAAUUACAUUCCAGAAAAUAAAAUGGUCUCUGUGAAAUUCACCAAGGAUAAACCUCCAUUCAGCACAGCUCUGGACAUUGAGAAAAGCAACAAUAACUGGGAUCUUCAGCAACAUCAUGAAUUUCAUCCAGAUAACUGCCACCACGAUCCUACUGGUGCCCUGCUAAAUGUCACUGAUCAUUCAAAUGGUAGCCAGAAGCGGGAGAGAGAACACAAUUCAAUUCCCAGUUUCAAGUCUGGCUCACAGACAUCCUCAGACUUUGAAAUACCUUCAACCCCAGACUCUGACCUGCCACAGCCAGAGGAACUGAACAUCCUUUACAAUAAGUUAGCUGCUGGCAAAACCAUAAAUGUCAAAGUACAAACAGAUAAGUGGUAGUAAAUCCUAGUGAUAUAAUUGUGGGUAUGUCCCAGUGUGGGAGAUGAGAAGCUUGAAACUCCAGUUCAUGGUCAGAUUUUCUUCCUGCAACUACUGACCAAUGGGGGAAGUAACAAGGAUUCUUGUAAGUUACAUACACUUUCAAACUUUUUGUAUUUAUUCAGCAAAUUUGUUCUGCACCAGGGAACUGGGUGCAAUCAUUUCAGCUGCCUGUUCUAUGUUCCAGCCAGUUCCUGGAAUGUAUUUUUGUUACUGGUAAGACGAGCCUGCAUUACCUGUCCUGGAUUUGCCGCCUUGUUGAGGGGGUGGUAAAGAACUGUGUUCUUGAAAACUGAGACACUGAAGUCAUGUUCAAGCAAGAUCCAGGCCAGGGAACGUCAGGGGGACUGCCUCAGCUGAAGGCCAGUAGUUGGGGUGGGGGGCGUAGGGGCCUGAAGAGAGAGUGGGGCCACACUAUUCUCUCCGUUAUCCUUUUAGUCAAGAUCAAUAAUUGCAAGUCCAGUGGUUGUGAUGGAAUUUGGAAUCACUGAAUGUUUGAUCCAAUAAUCACUGUACUAUUUAUUCCCAGUGAUGUAAAAAUCAGCAAUGGAUCAAGUUGAAA